GGCGUAUUUGGCCGUCAGUGGCAACAAAUCUGCCAGCAUGGCAGCACAUAAAACAUACCUAUUAGUUUUUUUUGUAUUUGCACAUACUUUAAAUUCUAAGGCCUCUGUGGAAAGACGAUUUUCCGACUUUAAAAGAUGCGCCGACGAGGAGUGCAGCAUGCUCCUAUGCCGGGGGAAGGCUGUCAGGGACUUCUAUGGAAUCGACUGUCGUUUCCUGACUUUCAAGGAGGGAGAGACAAUAUAUGUCUACUAUAAACUAUCUGGCAAAAAGACGGAUGUAUGGGCAGGCAGUGUUGGCAGUCGCUUUGGCUAUUUCCCAAAGGAACUUUUGGCAAUAAACCAUAUAUACACUGAAAAGGAAUUUGAGAUACCUGCCGAGGAAACAGACUUUGUGUGCUUUGAAACUGGACUCGACAAGUUUGACAACUACGAUAUGGAUUCCUUGCUGAGAGCCUCCCUAUCGUCAUCAGGGGAGAACCACAGGGACAACAUUGUAGAUCAAAACACAAGUCCAGAUAGGACCACUGUUGAAGUUGAGUCAUCCCGCGUAGUAACUUUGAUAGAAGGCGAUCAAAUUGAGAGCGACAUCUCUCCAGUUAUUGAUGAGGACAGCUUGUUUGGUGAGUUAAAGAGGGGCAGUGAACUAGCUGAUACUGCUCCUUCAGACUUAUCUUGGUCUGAGUCUGAAUCAUGGACAAACCCAACUUUAGACACAAAGACAGUGGAAUCUGAAGCCAUUGACUCAGAGCAUGGUAAAACCAAAGAUUCUCCCCCAGAUCCCGAGGAUGAAAAUCUGACCCAAAAUGAGUCUCUUUUAGAAAAUCAAGCUACGGUAUUUUCAGAAGGUAGACCUAUACCUGAAUUGAAAACCACACUUGGAACUACAUUUGAUGCUGUCACUUCUGAUGAUGAGGAAACUGAGAAGGUUACUUCUUAUGAAGAGAUGAGUGAAAAAGUAGACCAUCCUUCUUAUGCUGAAAGUGGGUUCCCAAGAGAAAUUCCAUUACUGUCUCUCCCUGAUGAAAGUUCUGUUUUGGAACAAAAGGACACUUUGCCAUCUGAGCAAGCAGAGGAAGAGGACAGUUAUCUGGACACACAUCAGGAUGAACAGGCCUCAGAGGACAAGACCAUGUGGACAACACUCGGGGACAAAGUUUUUGCAAUUGUUAGUGGAGGACCAAGAACAGCUAAUGUGCCUGAUUCAGAGGAGGAAGAUGAAGACGAGGAAGAGAUUGUGUCAGAAACCACUCUAAAGAACCCUUCUCACACACAACAAGAAUUUGAGAUAAGGAAAGGACAGCAGGAUCCAGAGGAGACAAGCAUGUCUGGUGAGCACAGUGUUGAAGACUCAAAUCAGUUGAAAUCAGUAAUGAGCGACAGACCUGAUAGCCCAUCAUUAUUUCAUAUUGAUGAGCAAAGAUCCGCUGAACAGACUGAAAAUGUCUUAGCAGACUCUCUUACCUUUCCAACAACUGAAAACCCAGCUGAUCUAAAUACUGUCUCUGAGAGAAAUACCAAGGAAUUGGACGACAAGGAUGUAGUCAAAACCACAAAUGAGGAAAGCCAUAAAGAAUUGCCUCUAGAAAACGAGGAAAUGAAAAAGGAUACACUCACAGAUUAUUCUGAACAGAAAGAAACAAAAUUCAGACGAUUCAAUGAACACUUGAUCAUUGAUUGGAAGAAAGAUGCACCAAAGGACUUUCCAGGCGUGGAUGAGGCUCUAAAUCUGGAUGAGGCCCCAGGUGUGGAUGACGCACCAGGCCCAGAGGAGGCACCAGGCCCAGAAGAGGCAACAGGCCCAGAGGAGGCACCAGGCCCCGAGGAAGGACUAGGCCCGGAGGAGGAACCAGGACCCGAGGAGGGACCAGGCCCAGAGGAGGGACCAGGCCCGGAGGAGGGACCAGGCCCAGAGGAGGGACCAGGCCCGGAGGAGGGACCAGGCCCGGAGGAGGGACCAGGCCCGGAGGAGGCACCAGGCCCGGAGGAGGAACCAGGUCUGGAGGAGGGACCAGGACCCGAGGAGGGACCAGGUCUAGAGAAGGAACCAGGCCCCGAGGAGGCACCAGACCCGGAGGAGGCACCAGGUCUAGAGGAAGAAGGUGAAGAACUCCUUGAGGAUGAGAAUGCAGCCCUCUCAACAUCCAAGAUGGAACCCAUUGAAAUCCAAGGUGUGGAUGAACAUGAGAAACUCAAAGAAAUUGAAUCUAUGAAUAUUGAACCUGAGAUUGCGAGUGGUCAUUUGGACUUAAACCAAUAUGACACAGAUGUAAAAACAAAACCAGACAAGCCUGAGAUGUACAAUGAUGCAGAAAACACAGACCCUGACCAGAUUGUAAUGCCUUUAACAGAAGAAAAGCAAGAAUACAGUGACAGUGUUUUAAGGUUGACUCUGCUUCGAGACCACUUUAAGGAGGAGGACAUGGAGCGAUUUCAAAAGUUUCUGGGUCUCAAGAACCUCUUCAAGGUGGAGGCAUUGUUCUCUGAUUUGGAGGAAGAAUUGAAAGCUGUUCGCCUCUCUCAGAGUGACAACAGUGAGGACAUUGAAAAGGUGCUGGAGGGUAUUCUGGAAGCCUCAGAGAUGCCAAUCCUUGAUGACAUAGAGAGAAUGCUGGAUAGCCGGGAUAAUAAUGCUGACCUUCAACAGAGGGACACCAGUAUGUUUGAUGAGGAGGCAUCCAUCUUGGAUGACUUCCAGGAACUAGCAUUCACCCUCCGUCAGAAGUACUCUGCAAUCAGCGACAGUGCUCCCUUGGCAAAGGAGAGACAAUCAAGCACUCGUACAGACAUAGCUUAUGCUAUAGCGGAAGAGGAAAAUAUUCCAAAUUCUGCUGCAGACUCAGACACUGUCAACUUGACCAUGUCGGAGAACCAACAGAAGAAUGCAUCUGAGGAGUUAAGCCAUGAUGAAAUUCAAAACUCAGCAGACAUAGACGAGGACGGAGGGCACUUUAACAGAAACAAAGACAAUCAGCUAAAUUUCAAAGAUACAGAGGAAAUGCAGGUUCCUCAACGCAUUCUUGACAAUGCUUUUGACAUCGGACUUGGUGUUGAGACAGAGCAACCAUCUUCAGGAUCUUUGAAAUCAACAUCAGCUUCUCAUUUAAACGAGGAAGGACCACCUACAUCUAAACCAGCCUAUGCUUACAUGCAAAAUCUCCUCAGUGUGCUCUUUCAAAAUUGGGGAAAAGUCGUUGAUUUGAUGAUUUCUAACCUGCCAGAAGAAUGGAAUCCAGGUCCAACAUGUAUGGGGUUUCCCUGGGUUCCUGUGUUGACCACUGUAUUUUUAGGGUGCAUCACCACUAUGUGUUUCAUAUGGAAGAGCAUUCUGAUAGUGAGGCGCACGGAAUACCUUGUGGAGGAAAAAGACAUCCAGAAACAUCUAGACGAAGUAACCAAAGAAAACACUGCUGUCCUUGCAAAAGUUGAAGAGUUGAAGACACAGCGCGAACACCUCCGAAACCAGCAAAAAAUGUCAAAGGAAUCAGCUGACUCGGCCCUAGAAAGGGUAAAAGAACUUGAGAUUGCUCUGAAGGAGGUUGAAUCACAUAAUGAACUGCUGGUUGAGGAAUGUGACUCAAUAAUGCAAACAUUUGAUGGUGAAAGGGCAAAGUAUUUGGCCCAUGUGGACAAGUCGGCAAAUUAUGAAAAAAACAUCUCUAAGCUGCAACACAGUAUGAAGAAGACACAGGAUGCUCUCGCUAAGUCCAAAGUUCUUAUGGAGGAGUCAAAGAUCAGAGAAGAUGCUCGCAACACCCUGCACCAGUGUCUCCAGAGGGAUCACACCACCCUCAAGGAGGAGAACAGCUCACUGAAAAACACAGCCAAAGAUUUGGAAGAAAAAACCCACCAAUUGUGCGAACAAAUAAAAGUGUUUAUCAAGUCCCAGAAAGAAUAUGAGGACACCAUCGCUCAAAAGGAUCAUAGCAAUGAGGUCCUGACAGAGCUGCUGGUCGACCUGGAGGCCUACGACCUGCAGAAGAGCGACACCAAAGCUGUGGCUAAUGGUGAAGCCGGCACCGUUGCCGAUCGAGCCAGCUCCAUGAAGAAGAGAAUCAAGCAGCUGAUGGAUGUUUCUCAGGUUCAAACCACCCUGUCUGUUGUGGAGGAGGAGCGCAACCGGUUCCAAACCAAACUGCAGAACGAGGAGAAGGAUCGGAAAGCUCUAGAAGAAAAAUACAGGGAGCUGGAACACGACUCCACGUCCUUGAAAAGCGAGAAGAGCCUGAUCGAAAACCAGCUAAAAAUCCUCCAACAGAAGUACGAGAUCAUGACCGAGAUGUACCAGCAGAAGGAGAUCUCCCUCCAGAGACGCCUGACUGAUGAGGAACUGGAGCGUCGCGACAAGGAGAUGAAGCUCUCCGAGGUGGACGGGAGGGCCCUGGAAGCAGAGCAGGAAGUGAAGAUCUACCGGCAGAGAAUCAAGGAGAUGGAGGAGGAGGUGAAGAAAACUGAGAAGGCCCUCAAAGUCCAGAUCGCUGAGCAGGAGCGGAAGGCUCAUGAGAACUGGGUUGCUGCCAACACUGCUGAGCGAAGCCUGUCUCAGGAGAAGACUUUGAGGAGGAAUCUCCAUGAGAGACUUGCCUCUCUCUCCAACCAACUGAACGAUCUCCGUGCAUCCAACUCUGGCCAGCCUGCUGUCCGAUGUGGUGACUCGUACGGGCCCUCUCCUGUGAGCGGAGGAGCCCCAUCUCCUCCUCUAAUGAUAGAGGGCCCUGGGCGGCCCCUGUCCGCCCCCAUUGGGCGCAGGAUUGACUCCUACGGGCAUCGGCCUCCAUUUGAGAAACACACAGUGCCUAACCGUUCAGAUCCUGGCCCACGGACCUCCUCUCCCACCAAUAUGGAGGAUUUGCAGACAGACCCAACACGGUCUGAAAGCCUUGAAACAGGAAAUGAGGUCUCUACUGAGUGUUCAGAGCCAAGCUCCAGACCGCAGGGACCCGGAUCGUUCCUGGAGUCUCCCAUUAGGGACCCAGGCCCCCUGUCACACGGGCCUCCCCCCCCAGGGCCGCGACUCCCCCCACCUCCCCCCUUUGCACAUGGCUACCGUCCCCCUCCACCUUCCCAUCUGGCCCCUGGGAUAAGACAGGCCAAUGGGACUGAGGGAAUGCCCAGUGCGGAGUUCCGGUACAGACCUCCUCCUAACGGACACCCAGCGAUGAUGGGAACCCGCCACGGGCCUCUUCUGGGUCCGGGUCCCAUGCGCUUUCCUUCCAACAUCCCACAUCAUCCAGGCCCAGUGUUUGGAGGAGGCCCCCCAGGUCCAUAUCCCCCCUACCAACAGGACCUGCGCUUCCCUGGACCGUGGGAUUACGGUGUCCCUCCCCAGCAGCUGCCCCCUGGAACUGGCCCACCCCCUCCUCAGGAUGGCAGACCGCUGGCUGCUCAAGGCUCCCAGGACCUCCCUGGGGGUCCCCAGCCCAGUGGAGGCCAGGGGCAGGACUGCAUAUCCCAGCAGGCAGCAGCCCAGGAUCCAGUCAGGUCAACCAUGUCUGAGCCUUGAAAAGCAGGUGUCACAGGAAAAGAACCUGACCCCUUCUCCACCCUGAACACUCAGUAACAACCCAUCUACCACUCAACCACAAUUCACUUUUUUUUUCUUUUUUUUUAAGCAGAAGAAAUUAUGUAAGUUCAUAAAUAACAUGUUUAUCCUGUUAAAGCAUCAAAAAUCUGUUGUCUGAAAUGUAUCUGUCUUGAGACUUAGUGAAGCUUGCUACUUUGCAAGAUGGCCUAUUGUGCAAUAACAUUUCUAUCGUAUGCUUGAGGAAUUGUAUAGCUGUUUAGUAAUAGCAAUGAUUUCUUUUUUUUAAGGGCCAAGAGUUGAUUGCUUAUGUCAUGAUUUCCUGUGGAAAUUAUUUAAAUAGCGAUUUUUGGAACAUUGUUGUUUAGGACAUUUCAGAAGUACAGGAACUACCACUGUCCCAAUGCUGUCUUUAUUAUGAACUGUUGACAGAAUAAAGAAAGUUAUGUAGAAGAUGGACAGAUGUAUAACUUAUUUUACUAUGUUCACAGACAUUUUAAUAAUAAAGUUAAGUCAUGUACCGAA